GCUCCCCAUUCCCCUCCCUCUCGGACCUGCAAGGAGGUGGGCUGGCCGCGAAGGGAGGGCCCUGUCCCCUGUCCCUUUAAGGAGGAGGGACGAGCACCGCUGAGAGAGCCUGCAUUGCCCCGACCCUUCAGCGGCCUCACCACACAGCAGCUGCAUCCACAGCUCCGGUCGCCCCUCGCUUAGCAGAGUCCGCUCGGGCCCCACGAAGCUAGUCGCCACCAUGGUGAAGAUCGUGACCGUUAAGACCAAGGCGUACCAAGACCAGAAGCCGGGCACGAGCGGGCUGCGGAAGCGGGUGAAGGUGUUUCAGAGCAGCGCCAACUAUGCCGAGAAUUUCAUCCAGAGUAUCAUCUCCACCGUGGAGACGGCAAAGCGGCAGGAGGCCACCCUGGUGGUGGGCGGUGACGGCAGGUUCUACAUGAAGGAGGCCAUCCAGCUCAUCGUCCGCAUCGCCGCCGCCAACGGGCAAAGGAGCUGUGCUGAUACCAUCUGUGAGAGAUAUGGGAAGAUUGGUCGCUUGGUUAUUGGACAGAAUGGAAUCCUCUCCACCCCUGCUGUAUCCUGCAUCAUUAGAAAGAUCAAAGCCAUUGGUGGGAUCAUUCUGACAGCCAGCCACAACCCAGGAGGACCCAAUGGAGAUUUUGGAAUCAAAUUCAAUAUUUCCAAUGGAGGUCCUGCCCCGGAAGCAAUAACUGAUAAAAUUUUCCAAAUCAGCAAGACAAUCGAAGACUAUGCAAUUUGUCCUGACCUGCACGUAGACCUUGGGGUUCUGGGAAAGCAGCAGUUUGACCUGGAAAACAAGUUCAAACCCUUCACAGUGGAAAUUGUGGAUUCGGUGGAAGCUUAUGCUACGAUGCUGAGAAGCAUCUUUGAUUUCAAUGCACUGAAAGAACUGCUUUCUGGUCCAAACCGACUAAAGAUCCGUAUAGACGCCAUGCAUGGAGUUGUGGGACCGUAUGUGAAGAAGAUCCUCUGUGAAGAGCUCGGAGCCCCCGCAAACUCAGCAGUUAACUGUGUUCCCCUGGAGGACUUCGGAGGCCACCACCCUGACCCCAACCUCACCUAUGCCGCUGACCUGGUGGAGACUAUGAAGACAGGAGAGCAUGAUUUCGGGGCUGCCUUUGAUGGAGAUGGGGAUCGAAACAUGAUUCUGGGCAAGCAUGGGUUCUUUGUGAACCCUUCAGACUCUGUGGCUGUCAUUGCUGCCAACAUCUUCAGCAUUCCAUAUUUCCAGCAAACCGGGGUCCGUGGCUUUGCACGCAGCAUGCCCACCAGUGGUGCCCUGGACCGGGUGGCUAAUGCUACAAAGAUCACUUUGUAUGAAACCCCAACUGGCUGGAAGUUUUUUGGGAAUCUGAUGGAUGCAAGCAGACUGUCCCUUUGUGGGGAGGAGAGCUUCGGGACCGGUUCUGACCACAUCCGUGAGAAGGACGGACUCUGGGCUGUCCUUGCUUGGCUCUCCAUCCUAGCCACCCGCAAACAGAGUGUGGAGGACAUCCUCAAAGAUCACUGGCAAAAGUAUGGCCGGAAUUUCUUCACCAGGUAUGAUUACGAGGAGGUGGAAGCCGAGGGCGCAAACAAAAUGAUGAAGGACUUGGAGGCCCUGAUCUCUGAUCGCUCCUUCGUGGGGAAACAGUUCCCAGUGGGAGAUAAAGUUUACACUGUGGUGAAAAUUGAUAACUUUGAAUACAGUGAUCCGGUGGAUGGAAGUGUUUCAAGAAAUCAGGGCUUGCGGCUCAUUUUUGCAGACGGUUCUCGCAUCAUCUUUCGACUGAGCGGCACCGGGAGUGCAGGCGCCACCGUUCGACUGUACGUCGACAGCUAUGAGAAGGACAUCGCCAAGAUCUACCAGGACCCCCAGGUCAUGUUGGCCCCCCUUAUUUCUAUUGCCCUGAAGUUGUCCCAUCUCCAGGAAAGGACAGGACGCACUGCACCCACUGUUAUCACCUAAGAAGACAGGCCAGAUGCGGUACAUCCCUCCACCCCAGGCCCUCCGAGUCAUCUGAUUGAAGAGCAUGAACAGAAACAAAGUGUAUUCACCCAGGCUUUUUAGGAUUCGGUUUUUCCACUAACCAGUCAUUGACAAAUGGUACAAUUCCAAGGUAUUGCCCAUUGAUAUGCCCGUAGGAGCCAUGCGGGAAAGAGAAAAAAAGGGACCCACGGGCUUAUACUACCGUCAGUUCCUUUUUGUGUCCUCGUGCACCACUGGUGUGUGGGUGUUUGUCUCCUUAGCACCAGGUCCUGUUUACACUACAGUGGAAGAUGGAGGUUGAGCAUCAGCUCAUGAGGCUAAUUUCCAUCCUUAGGAUCCACCUGUGAAAUGACAGUGCAAGUUCCUUUCUCCUUUGUGAGCCUUUCCGCCCAUUUACUGUUUACAUAUAAUCCAGCAAAAUGCAGUUUCUGGUGCCUUCUCUCCAAUCAGUUCUUUCCUCAGAGUGAGACGUGCUUGUCUACAGAGUUCUGCCUUGUUCUGCAGCGUAGUCCCAUUCACACAAAUAUUUUGGGAUAUUAAAGCAAAAUAAGCUACUA